UCGGCCAAAUCUUCCGUCUGCCGGUGGGGACCCCCGAGAUGCGUCCCGAGGGAACGUCCCUGAAGAAACCCUCCCGAACAGUCCAACUAACGCAAACUUCCCCCCCCCCUUAUUUAUACAUUAGCACUAGGAUGACGUCACUUAAAGAAAACUUGCUAAGCAAGUGAUUUUUAAGAGUCAAGCAAGAGGUUUCCUUCUGAUCAUUAAUUUAACCAGAUGUGGGGGGUUUUAGAGUACGUGCCUUCAUGCCCUGAUAGACAGAUUCCUGUUUUUCUAAAAGACAAGUCUCAGCAAUUUCAACAUUCUUAGCAGGAAGGGCGGAGGGUGAAGCCGCCCUUUCUGUGGUACCCAAAACCCCCUCCCCUCCUGCCUUGGUUAAGCUAAGGCUGCUGCAUGGCCACUUUACGGCCGGCUGACUUGGCUACUGUUAGCAAUAAGCAAUAGUGAUUCGGGCACUUUACUGGUUUGCCAAGAUCUCCCCGAACGACGUCUCCGGCGCCCACUACGGGCCGGAGCAGGAAGUGCAGGAUGAGGCGCCCGGCAGAGCUCAGAGAGGCGCCCGGAAGAACCUGCUGGAGCCCCAAAGAAGGAGAAUCCGCCCGGGUUGCCGGCUGCCAGGAGAGACGCCUGAGGACAAAGCGGAAGCCCCGUCUGGCAUCGGGGACCUGGUUCUGGCAGCUGAGCUGAUGGAGAUGGCCGGGGUGUCCCCCUGCUAUGCCCAGCACCGGGGCGGGACCCAGCCGGCCGUGCAGCACGACCAUGGGGCCUACGGCGUCCCCCAGGAGCCGGCUGCGCUGGGCCGCAUGGUGCGGGAGCUGCAGGAGACGGUGCAUCGGCAGAGCCAGCUGCUGCAGAGCUCGCAGGAGGCUCUGGCCGCCAGCCAGGAGCGCUGCCAGGAGCUGCAGGAGAGGUCGGAGAGCGAGUGCUGGGCACUGGCGUCGGAGCUGGGCCAGCGGAUCGCGGCGCUGGAGGCGGAGAACCGGAACCUGCGGUGCGAGCGGGACCAGCUGGCGAGCCAGACGCAGGGGCUGCAGGAGGAGCUGGAGCGGAGCCGCAGCACGGUGCUGCACAUCAGCCAGAAGCUGAAGGAGCAGGGGGGCCGGGCCGGGCCGGGCCGGUUCUGCCUGGCCAGCGUCCGGGACGACGGCAAGUGGCUGCGGUUCUACACUGGCUUCGGCAGCGCCCAGCGCCUGGCUGCGUUCCUGGCCUUCCUGACGGAGGGGGAGCCGCAGCGGGGGGCCGAGCCGGGCCCCCCCAGCGCCCUGAGCCCCGAGGACCAGCUCUUCCUGGUGCUGGUGCGGCUGCGGCUGGGGCUGCUCCUGCAGGAUCUGGCCUUUCGCUUCCACCUCUCCGAGGCCACCGCCUCCCGCUACUGGCUCAGCUGGACCCAGCUCAUGGAGACCCGGCUGGCCCAGGUGCCGGUGCGGUGCAGCCCGCGCUACGUGGAGCGGUUCGAGCCGCAGCGGGCGGCGCGGGUCGGGGGCGUCCCACUGGUGGUGCUGGACUGCGCCCAGCUCUGCUUCGAGGGCCGGGGCCGGCGGCUCUACGACCUGCAGGGCUGCGCCCUGGCCGCGCCCAGCGGCUUCCUGGCCUUCUGCUGCAGCCCCGCCCUGCAGGGCGGGGAGGGGGGGCCGGGGCUGCCCCCCUUCCUGCAGGACGGCCCCGUGGCCCUCAGCGCCCGGCAGGGGGAGGCCAGCCGGCAGGUGCUUAGCCUGGCCAGCCUGGCCGACAAGGCCCUGCGCUUCCGCUUCCUGCGGGGGGUCCAGCCCCCCGCCAUGGAGGGCCAGGUGGGGCGGGCCUGGGCCAUCUGCUGCUACCUGGCCUGCUUGCUGCAUGAGCCCAUGGGGCUGGCCUAGGCAGGGGGGUCUGCCUCUGCCCCUGGGGGGAGGUGGGCCUUGGGGAUUCCCUGCCUCCCCCCAUGGCUGGCAGGUGUGGGGCUGGUAUGGGGCCCUGGAUUCCCC